AUGGAGGUGUUUCAGCUAUUUCAGGCAGCCAUGGGUAUGUUUUUAUUCGGUUUGUUCUGUAGGGCAGCUUACCGGUGUUGGGUGCUGCCCAAUAUUGCUCAUAGAAAGCUUAGGGAAAAUGGGUUUAGUGGGCCGGCACCUUGUUUCCCUUUAGGAAAUAUCAAUGAGAUGAUAAAGAGUAAACUGGCAGCAUUUUCUUCCCCGCCGCCGAUAAGCGUCACCAACGACAUCCAUCCCAUUGUAUUUCCUUACUUUUCCCAGUGGAAGAAGCUGCAUGGUAAAGUGUUCGUAUAUUGGCUGGGGAUUGAACCAUUUCUGUACAUUGCGGACCCGGUAUUCCUUAGCAAAAUGUCAGCUGGAGUGUUGGGAAAAACUUGGGGAAAACCAAAUGUGUUCAAGAAGGAUAGAAAGCCCAUGUUUGGGAAUGGUCUGGUUAUGGUGGAAGGUGAAGAUUGGGUUCACCACAGACACGUCAUCACUCCCGCAUUUGCCCCAUCCAACUUGAAGGCAAUGUCGAGCUUAAUGGUGGAAUCGGCGAAUAAUAUGGUGGACCGAUGGGAUGCAAUGGUCAAGCACUCCGGCAAAAGCGUCCCUAUAGAAGUUGACGUGGAGAAAGAAAUCAUAAACACGGCGGCGGAGAUCAUCGCGAAAACGAGCUUCGGGAUCAGUUAUGAAAACGGAGGGAAAGUGUUUGAGAAGCUGAGAGCCAUGCAAAUCACGCUCUUUCAAUCCAACCGUUACGUCGGGGUCCCCUUCAGCAAGCUCUUGUGUCCUAAACAAACCAUAACCGCCAAGAAACUCGGCAACGAAAUCGACGCCCUCCUGAUGGAAAUCAUCAACUCAAGAAGAAGCCGGCCAAACGACGCCGGCGGCGAUCGGGACUUGCUGGGGUUGUUGCUGGCGGACGGCCGGUUAGGGAAGACGUUGACGGCGAGGGAGCUGGUGGAUGAGUGCAAGACAUUUUUCUUUGGAGGACAUGAGACAACUGCACUGGCGCUCACGUGGACUUUGUUUCUCUUAGCCAUGCAUCCAGACUGGCAAGUUCAACUUCGGGAGGAGAUUGAUCGAGUUUUUGGGAAAAAUAUUGGAGAUAUUGAUUCCACUAAGCUUGCUGGACUGAAGAAGAUGGGAUGGGUGAUGAACGAAGUGCUAAGGCUGUAUUCACCAGCUCCAAAUGUACAGAGGCAAGCUAGGGAAGACAUUAAAGUCGAGGAUUUGGUGAUCCCAUCAGGGACCAACAUAUGGAUUGACGUUGUAUCCAUCCAUCAUGACAAGGAAUUCUGGGGUGAAGACGUGAACGAGUUCAAGCCCGAGAGGUUUCAAAAUGAUCAUCUCUACGGCGGUUGCAACCACAAAAUGGGAUUUUUGCCGUUCGGCUUCGGUGGCCGGAUGUGCGUCGGCCGAAACUUGACCAUGAUGGAGUACAAGAUUGUGCUCACUCUGGUCCUCACGAAAUUUUCGGUUUCUCUGUCCCCCAAUUACCGCCAUUCUCCUUCUAUCUUGCUCUCCCUCAGGCCCGCCCAGGGUCUGCCUUUGAUUAUUACGCCUCUGGAGUUUUGA